CUGGAGCUUGGCUGACGAGGCGACGAGCUGCCUGACAGUGCAGCUGGCCUCUGACCUCCAACAAACUUCACCGUCACACCAACACCUUUUCACAAUCUCACAGCUCCUUGCAACCAGCGUGGGCAGGAAUUCUUCUAUCUUUUCGCCUGCGACUGACUCUGCGCUUGACUGCGUCCAGAUUCUGGCCUCUUGUAAACUUCCAUUUUCCCGGUUUCCUCUCCAGAUACCCCGCCUCCCGCUUGCUCAAGAUGGCCGACACAGAAGAUCCCGAGGCCAAGGUCCGCCAGUUCUCUGCCAUGUGCAAUUCGAGCGCAGAGGAGGCCACCCAGUACCUCGAAGCUCACAACUGGGACAUUUCCGCUGCCUGUACCGCCUGGUUCGAGGAUGCUGAGGAGGAGCCCGCAGUCGCCGCACGUACCUCUCAGUCUCAGGCCGCGAGUGACAACUACACUGGUCCCCGAACUCUAGAUGGCCGACCAGCCCCCGAAGCUAGCUCCAGCAGUAGCCGAGCGGCGCGCAAGCCAGCGACACAGCAAAAGAAGAAGGGCAUUGCCACCCUUGGAUCGCUUGGAGGCGGAUCGCAUCAUCACGACGAUGACGAUGACGACGAUGAUGAUUUCGAUGGCGACGACGAUGAUGAUGGACGAGGAAACCUCUUUGCGGGUGGUGAGAAGUCGGGCUUGGCGGUGCAGGACCCCAACAACAAGCCGCAAGAUGGCGGUCCUAAGAAAAUCAUCAGCGACAUCCUAGCCAAGGCCAGAGCCAACGCCACGCGCCAGGAUACCGAUCCCGAAGCGGGUCCUUCAGAGCCAUCACGCUUCCGCGGCUCUGGUAUGACCCUGGGUGGUGAUGGUGUCGAAAGUCGAAGCAUCCCUGAUCCUCUGGGCGCUGCUCGGCCUAGCAAUGCUCCAACUCAGGAGCGUGUGCUUCACAUUUGGCAGGAUGGAUUCAGCAUCGACGACGGAGAGCUUCGCCGUUUCGACGACCCGGCCAACCAGGUCGACCUCCAGAUGAUCCGGUCCGGUCGCGCGCCGCUGCAUCUCAUGAACGUGCAACAUGACCAACCUGUGGACGUGAAGCUCCAUCAGCACGAUACUCCCUAUACCCCCCAGCCCAGACAAUACCGGCCCUUUGGAGGUUCCGGCCGUCGUCUAGGAAGCCCUGUCCCUGGUGACGGAAACGAAACCAGCUCUCUGGACGCCGCAGUGUCCACUUCAACGCUCGCGGCGACUUCCAGCUCCGGUGCGGCUCCUACCGUGGACAGCUCCCAGCCAACCAUCAUGAUCCGCAUACAGAUGCCUGAUGGAACUCGGCUGCCUGCUCGAUUCAACACUAACCACACCAUUGACGACGUGUACGGCUUCGUUCAGGGGGCAUCGGCCGACACUCGGACCCGGCCGUGGGUGCUGGCCACGACAUUCCCCAACAAGGAGCACAGCGAUCGUAGUCUGGUCCUGGGAGAGAUGGCGGAGUUCAAGAAGGGCGGUACGGCUGUGGUCAAGUGGGCAUGAGUAGGCCCCGGUUCAUGGAUUGGCGUCAAGAGGACGGACAGGGGCUCAACGCCUCCAAAGUCUAGGAGUGAAUUUGAUAGAAUGGAGACAGACUGCCAGUGGCUAGCUGCUCCCGUACGCAUGACAAAAUCACGAUAGAUGGUUCGCAAGGACUACAUCGUCCUUUAACACUACGUUCUAUGAAGGUGAUUCAAGUUCUG